GUAGGUCAACUGAGGAAUAGAGUAUUUGGAGGAGCAGGGUCUCAAACCCAACUCAAUGUUCAUGGUACUGGAUAGCAGCUACUUCCAUCCCCCUGCUUCAAGACACAGAAAUCUUAAGCAAGUACCUCAAAGCAUGGGAUAAUAACCAUUCGGGGUACCUUCGCAGGAUCUUUCAAAUUCAUUAGCUAAAGAGAUAUUCUAACAGCAGCAUCCUUUCCCAAGUCAACAUGUCGAGCAUUACGUUAAUCAUUCUUUCCCAGAUCUGCUGGCUGGGACAGGUCCAUUGCAGGCUGGGGUCCAGACUCUCACAGCGACUGAUUCGGAUUUUGGUCACAAAAGAAAACGCUUUAGAGAUGUUCACAUCCUGAAAACAACCGCGAAUGGGUCAUUUAUUAAAAUAGCACUGACGGUCAGAUUAAAAAAAAAUCUUCCCCAGAAAUGACAACACUGUAGCAAAGUUUUGAAGGAUAAUUUGUUCUGAGCUGCUGCAUUAAUCCAUGAGAAAAUCUUUUAAAUUGUUCUUUUAUGUGGCACCUGGCGGUGGCUCAAGUGUAACGUUUUUACGAUAUUAUUUUAAGCAGACUACACAUGUCACAGUCAGAGGCUGGGUGGGGGGAUCGACAAUAGGCACAUAAUAAUCUCAUUACAAUGAAAUGCAUUGAAGCAGAGAGCUUUUGUGCUUUGGAGGCUUGUGUGGCUGUGUAUGCAGUACCUCUUACUUUCUUGUCCUUUCCACAGCAGCCUGUGUGCCUUAGCAACAAAAGCAAACUGCACAUGUAGACUAGAUAAAUGACUCCCGUAUAGUUGAGUGGAUGCGUGUAUGAUUGGGCUAGGCAAGUCACGUUACAUCGUGUUGCCAUUCUGCCGGUGCAGAGCUGUUCCAUUGUUUGGAUUGAGAGACGGAAGAUCUUUACCCGUUUCCAGCUGGGGCUGUUAUUGUGUGUCAGUUUUUGCUGUGUUGUUCCAUUGUCCCUCUUCAUGUGGGCAGUAGGAAGUCCGGCAGGACAACGAACUAAAAAUGCAACUGUCACUCUUUGCAAAUUAAUGCAUCUGCACAAAAAUAAUUGAAAAGGCAAAAAUCGGGAGAACAGCGAGCUCUGAUCAGCAGCCAGGAAGCCUCGGGCUUGCUUGUACGACGAGACCAAGCCCCCAGUCAACAUCUGAUCCUCGGGAUUUUCAGUAAGGGGGAAAUAAUAAUAUAAAAAGUGAAGUACGCAACCCAAAUGCCAGGCCAGGAAUCCACAAAAUAUGUCAACUGAAGAGAAUCUUGUUUUGCAUAGCAUUGAGUUAAACUGAGACAGAAUCCAAGAUCUGAAGAAUUAUGGCAAAGAAAAUCAGGACCUAGCCAGAAAAUCUCCAUGAGCUUAACAUUUAAAAGACCUUCAAGAUUUCCAGCGGCCACACUAUUUUGCUUUUGUUCUCAUUAUGGCAAAGAUGAACAAAGACCUGAAGUUCAAAGCUGCUGUUAAUAAUUUGAGAACACCAUGAGUGGCAUUUUGAAGAGGAAGUUUGAAGAUGUUGAAGGAGCCUCACCAUGUUCAUCUGUCAGGGAGUCAGAUGAUGAGAUCUCUGAAAGUGAAAGUGCAGAAAGUGGUGACAGUGUGAACCCAUCCACUUCCAGCCAUUUUACUCCAUCAUCAAUCCUGAAAAGGGAGAAGCGGAUGAGGAUAAAAAAUGUUCGCUUUGAUUACGUGACUGUCUAUUAUUUCACACGGCGACAAGGUUUCACCAGUGUCCCCAGUCAGGGUGGCAGCACCCUGGGUAUGUCCAAUCGGCACAAAUGCGUACGCCAGUACACGCUUGGAGAAUUUGCCUUGGAGCAAGAGAGAGUCCAUGGAGAGAUGCUGAAAGAGCAUCUGAAAGAGGAAAAGCUCAACUCACUGAAAUUGAAGCUAACAAAAAAUGGUACAGUAGAAUCUGAGGAAGCCAAUACGCUGACUUUAGAUGAUAUUUCUGAUGAUGAUAUUGACCUAGAUAAUACGGAAGUUGAUGACUAUUUCUUCUUACAACCAUUGCCAACCAAAAAGAGAAGGGCCUUAUUGCGGGCUUCUGGGGUUAAAAAGAUCGAUGGAGAAGAGAAACAUGAACUUCGUGCAAUUCGUGUAUCCAGAGAGGAUUGUGGCUGUGAUUGUCGAAUAUACUGUGAUCCUGAGCUUUGUGCUUGUAGUCAAGCAGGGAUUAAGUGCCAGGUGGACCGUAUGUCUUUCCCAUGUGGAUGUACAAAAGAAGGCUGCAGCAAUACUGCAGGCAGGAUUGAGUUCAACCCUAUCCGGGUACGGACACACUUUUUGCAUACAAUAAUGAAGUUGGAGUUGGAGAAAAAUCAGCAGCAGCUUGGGAUUGAGAAUGGUUUCUCAGGAGACAUGAAUGCUCAUGCUAGUCAUCUGAUACACAGCCAGCAGCCCCAUGAAUAUUCUAUUGCAGAUAGUUUUGACAUUGAAAAUGAACCUGAAACAGCAGUGAUGCACCUUCAGUCAGCAGAGGAGUUGGACUGGCAAGGAGAAGAUGACGAGGACGAGGAUGACGAUGGGAGCAGUUUAUGCAGUGGCAUAACAGACUCGAGCGUGCAGAGCUUGGCAGCCAGUGAAUCAGAUGAAGAGCCAGACAGCAAAGCUGAAAGCUUUACUGAAGCAUUGGCUGCUCCUGUUGUGACACAAACUGAGGCUAUUCCACUUUCUUCGGUAUUAUGUUAUGCUGAUGGCACAUCUGCGCAUGAUAGCACACCAUCAGAAGAUGCAUCAUAUUUCUCUAAUUCUUCAACACUGUAUUAUCAGAUAGAAGGAAAUACUGCAACCACAUCUGCGACCACCAGCACUACAACCACUACCAGAGAUUGUGGCAAUGAGCCUUUCUGUGUAGAAGCCACUUUAACAUCAAACUACACAGAGAGGAGUCAGGAGAAUGAAGCACUUUCUUUGGUGCCUUAUGGCUCAGCUGCAGAGCAAUAUAUUGACUACGCACAUCAACCAGAGGGAAGCUUUACCAGUCCUCACUACCCCAUAACAACACCUUCUGUUAUAGUUUGUUGUCCUUCAGCACAUGAAAAUAAUACUCAGUGUACCAGUCUAUAUGCUGAGCAACAGCCUAGCCACGCUCCAGCAGAGCUUCAAAGUUAUUUAAAUAACCAUGUUCAAGAUGAUUUUGUUGCUACGUCAAAUGGGGAUGUUUACGCACCUAAGCAGGUACUUGAAAAUACCAUCAUCCUCCCAGAGGGCAACGGACUGUUAGAAGAGACUAUCAAAACAUCAGUAGUGGAAACUGUGUUUGUUUAGUGUGCUCAGUCACUCCAUUUUUUUGUUCUUUACUACAGUUUACCAGUUAUUCAGAAAGGAAGGAAGUGUAACUUUAAGUAGUUUACAUGUUUUUAACAACCACCAUCUUUAGAUUAACUGGUCAGUAAUGGUAGUUGAUGCCACUAACAUUCAAUGCUUUAAAGACUGCAAGAUAUGAUUGGAAGCAGACUUUAUACAAUUCUUAAUCCACAGCUAUGAAAUACUGCAAUGGAUAUUUUGUGAUUUGGUAUAAGCCAUUUAGUCACUGAUUAGUUAUGACUUACGAAAGUAUUUAACUGUUAAACAAGCAUUACUGGUGAAGGAUACCAACCCAGCCAGAUUGAAGAAUUAUAUCACAAGCUUUGCUCUUGGCUUUUAAUCUGCAUCACAUAUUCUCAAAAAUUUAAAUUAAGGUCCCAGUUUUCAACAAAUCAUGUGGAUAAAACCUACGUGCUGUUUUAUGUGAAAAUAAUGAAACUAAUUUUAUUGUGUCAUCUGUGAAUUUAUUUAUACCAGUUAGUGUGCAAUUAUGUGAAGUAUAUGUUAAUUAUUCCUGUUGGCAGCUGUAUACAUGGGAGACUGAUGACUCGAUCCAUGGCCAGCAGCAAAAGAUUUUGUUUGAAAUGAUAUAGAUUUUGUUUUUAAUUAAGGUGAUACUUUGAGCUUGAUGUAAGUGGGCAGUUCCUCUUUGCUGUGUUUUUAUUCAGUUGUGGAACCAACAUCUGAUGUAUCUUGCAGCUAUAAUAAUUAUCCUAGAACAGGAUGUUGUGUUUUGACCUAUAGCACGUACAAUUGAACUAGUUCCAUUGUAAUGAAUAAGGAUUUCUUUGUUGCUAUCUCUCAUCUGACAACAUUGAAUAUAUAGGAAAAAAAACUACCAUUUUAAAAAAAACUAUACUUCCAACAGCAUGGAAAUGGAGGGGCUGAAAAGACAAUUCACUUUUGUUACCACUAAUAGCUAAAGGAAAUACAUUUUAUUCAGUCAAGCAGACUAAAGUGAAAUCUUUACUACAACAAUUGUUGAGUUCUUUCUAAGUGCUGUGCAUUUAUCCAGUGAAAAUUUAGUAUUUAUUUUAUAAUAUUUCUGUUUUGUCAGGCUACUUUGUUGAGGCCCUGAGUUUAUUUUCUUUAUUGAAACGCUAUACUGUGAGUUUUUUUUUGCUCACUUGUGAAUAUCCUCUAACUGUAUGAAGCAGCCGCAAAAUGGAAUAAUGCAGAGACUCAACUACAAUGAGAUUGAAUUUGUCAAUAGCAUUCCUUCCAGCAUGUAGAAGUCUAGUGGUGACUUUUAAAAGACAUUCCAGGAUAAUGCUACUUUGGCUCACUAUACCACUUUAGAGUGUGGAUGUGCUUAUGUAUAGUGAAAAACACUCAAACUACCAUAGUAAAAGUCAUUAGUUAUCAGAAUCUCAUUUAAAUGCUCCAUUAAAUAGUUUCUGGUAUCUUUUGGCAGCAAUCAGAGGGUGUAAGUUAUGCUAUAUUAUUUCCUGGUUGAAUAUUCACUUCCCAAAAUGCAUUAAACUUUAUAUUCUGCUCCUAUGCAGCAGUUAAGUUAGCGAAUAAAUUUUUGCAUUUCAUAUUUAUAAUUUAACAAGUAUAAUAUUGAAAGAUUUGAAAGUCCAAGUGCAAUUUUACUUAAAAAUAAUGAUUUGAAGCCUCACAUUUCAUACCUUUGAGUAGGACACUGGGCGUUCUCUGCUAAUUCAUUGAUAUGGUAAUUAUUACAGAUUUAACAGCUGUAACUUAAAGCCUAGUGGCUUUAUUUUGUGUGAAUUUAUACUGAUCUACUUGAAAUUUAAGUUGUGUCAUGUAAAUAGAAUAUAAAUCAUAACUGCCCAUUUGGACAGUAUUUACUUGGGGCAUACAAAAUGCUUGUGGAACAAUGAAGGAAAGACUCUGAAACCAACCUCCCAAUUUGACAUCAUCCACUCUACCUCCAUUGAAAAUAUUGGUUCAGAACUGCAAUCAGAGGUACUGUAAGAGUUGAAGUUAAAUUUGCUUAGAAUUAGGUGUAUGAGUUGCUGAAGGCUGAAUAUAUUUACUUUAGGUUUAAGUUGAGUUUAAGUGAUUACCAAAGUGGCCAAAAUUACUAUAAUUAUUAUAAAGAUCUACAUUCUAUACAGCUUUGCAAAGAUAAAACAUAUUAAGUAUUUUUUCUUUCACUCUCAACUUUCUUCAACUUGUGACUGCAGGGAUCAAAAUAAUGUAGGUUUUAUUUGUUUAUACAGUUUUUAAACUGUACAUUAAAAAUUUGAAUUGCAAAAUUAUUUUCCUAAAGUAGUACCCAUACACCGAGAUUUACAAAUAUUUAUAAUAGCAAAUAGAAAUGUUACUACUUGUGAUAUUAAGAUGGUUAAAUUUCAUUUUUUUUUCACUUUUGAAGAAACUGCAGUGUUUUCCAUUUAAAAGAAAACGGCAGAUACUUCAUUGAAACAUUAACAUCCAACGUACUCUUCUGCCACUUUUUGAUCAUGCAGAGAUAACCACUGGACUUCUCAAGAGUUUGUAAAUUUAGAUUAAGGUUUUCCAGCAGUUAUCUUUGUUGGACACCUACAGUAUUAAGGAAUUGACUUUUUAACAACACACUUCUUGUUCUUCAUGUAGGUACCUUGUAUUGCUGUAUUUCCAACAAAUCUUAAAAAAAAAAUCCAGGUACAGUAAAAUAUUUGGCACUUUACAAAAGACAAAGUUUCAUUUUUCAGUAUGAUGGCAUGCAUUGAAGUGAAAAGCGUGUGAAUUUUUGCAUUUAAUUCAAAAUACCUAAUUUCCUCUGAAGAAAUCUGAUUAUAUUGCCUUAUAGUAAUAAGGGUGAAAAUGAUGCCUUGGGACAGAACCUCGUCUUGCCAGGGUUCCCAUCUGACUCCUGACAUACUUGCACUGCGGCAAAGAAGUCAGUGGGAAACCAAGCAUCCGCACCCUUCCAGUUGGAUUGCUGUACAAUCAUUUAACAUGUGGAUGGGCAUUAAUUCACUUGGGGCAAUAUUUCCAACCACACUGCAGGAGAAAGUCCUAUCUCUGAGAUCUGCCAGCCAAUGCAAUAACUAUCAGUUUUAGCAGCACCACAAGGAGCAGUGGCCACUGUUGGGACCAUGCAUAUAGUCUUAAUGGAUUUUUUUU